AGCUAGUUAACCUAGUAAUAUCAACCAUGUGUAGUUUGUUUUUUAUGAGGUAAGUUUAAUGCUAGCUAGCAACUUACCUUGGCUCAUUGCAGCUAUAAGGUCCUUUUGACGCUGCACCCAGUGUAACAGGUGGUCAGUUUGCCACGCAGUUUCCUCAUGGAUUGCAAUGUAAUCGGCGUCCAAAAAGGCCUUUUACUGAUUAUGAAAACUUGAAAUCGACCAUUCCGAUUUAAUCGGUCGACCUCUAGUGGGCACCAAUGGUUGGGAAGGCCAGUUUGAUCAUAUUACCUCAGUUAUGGAGAGUUUAUAAAAUAUAAACACGUCUGUGGCUCAGCCUAGUUGGAUGUUUGCUCAGCAGGAAACGUUUUGUUGACUAAUUUCAACAAUUGCAGUUAAGCAGCUGACAGGCAGUGUGUGCCACCUUCUACAACAUACUGGCUUCUCAUCUUCUCCCUCCCUUCAUGAGCACUGAGUAAUGGAAAGCUGGAACUAAUAACUUGGUUUGGUGAUGUGCUGCAUGGUGCCAUGUGAAUGACAGAACCACAAUGAAGUCGUCACACAAGCUGCUGUUCGUCCUGUGCCCCAUGCUGGUCCUGGGCUUCAUCUACUACUCCUCUGGGAAGCUACACCUACACGUAUGGGGCCAGAAGCCACAGAUUGAUUCGGAGUCCACUCUCAUAGUCCCGACUAAAGGUCAAAGCACCACAGAGUUGGAAGCGGACGUUGCUCUCACCGUGGGACAAAUAGUAGGCUCAGUGUAUGAUAAGCAGGGCUUUCUGCUGAAGCUGGAUGCAAAGUUGUCAGCAGAAUUGGCGUACAAGUAUGGCAACCUCAGCGAAGGAGUGUGCAAGCCAGGCUACGCAGCUGCCAAGAUGACUGCCAUCUAUCCAAAGUUCAUGAAGCCAGCUCCCAUGUUUCUUGACCGGAACUUCAAGCGUCUGGCCAAAGUCAGCAAUUACUUACCUCCAUUUGGAUUCAAAACACAAGAAACAAUUAUAGACAUUAUUCUAACUGCCACAAAGAACUAUGGGCUGGGUCAAGACGUUGACAGUUUAAUUUGUAAAAGAUGCAUUAUCGUGGGCAAUGGUGGUAUCCUGGCUAAUAAGUCUCUGGGCUCCCGAAUCGAUGAUUACGACAUUGUGGUGAGGUUGAACGAGGCUCCGGUGACUGGUUUCGGCAAGGACGUGGGCACCAAGACCACCAUGCGUAUCACCUACCCCGAGGGGGCCAUCCAGAAGCCUGAGCGAUAUGAGAAGGACUCGCUCUUCGUCUUCUCUGCCUUCAAACCGCUGGACUUCAAGUGGCUCAGACAGAUGGUCUUCAGAGAGAAGCUGCGUGGUACAGAGGGCUUCUGGAAGUCAGUGGCCCGUUACGUCCCGAAGGAGCCCACAGAGAUGCGCAUCCUCAACCCCUACUUCAUCCAGGAGGCUGCCUUCCAGUUCAUCGGCCUGCCACUCAACAACGGCCUCAUGGGGAAAGGGAACAUUCCAACCCUGGGUACGGUCGCCAUAACGAUGGCCCUGCAUAACUGUGACGAGGUGGCGGUGGCCGGCUUCGGCUACGACAUGAACACGCCCCACGCGCCCUUGCACUACUACGAGACGGUCAAGAUGUCCGCCAUCAAAGAGUCCUGGACACACAACAUAUCCAAGGAGAAGGAGUUCCUCCGCAAGCUGGUGAAGGCCAACGUCAUCACGGACCUGACCAACGGGAUCUGAGUCUAACUGUCCCAGAGCUUUGCCUUUUUCCAAAAGAACCACAGAACAGAGGAUUCUGGGAAUUAACCUGGAUGGGUGGGGUGGGGGGGACCCAGACCCUGGUGGUCUGUAUACUGCCUAAGUUUUUAUGAAGAGAAGAUUUAAAUGGACGACUCAGUGGAGAGACGCACAUACUUGCCUUCUGACCCAGAGGCUCCUGUGUCAGGAGAGACAUAGGCCUGGAUCGGACAUCUUCAGGACAGUCAACGGACGAUCCGACAACCAUGUUUACCGUUUCAAUACCCCUGAAAAUCACGUGAACGAACAAGUGAUAUGGAAGAGGAUGAUUAUGGAUGGCAGAGGAUGGAAGGCCUGACGGACGGCUGUAGAGACGGACAAUCUGCAGAAGAGAGGGACAGAUGGUUACAGCAGUGCCAAACGUACCUCGUUACAAAGGGGGGAGCAGAGGCUUUCUCCCUGUACUGCCUGAAUGUAUUCACAAAACAAUGUAAAUAUCAAAGAUCAUUACCAUGCUGCAGCAACCCCCUAUCCGGGCAUUGUGAGCCUCCCUCCAUCCGGGUAUCGGCAUACAGUACAUAUCCCACCUCAGACCCACACAAGGCCUUUUUUUUUAAACCUUUGUCUCUCCCCCUUAUCGCUUCCAUAUCAGCAGGCCUUUUUGAGGCUGCCCUUCAUUUUGAGAUUAUCAUUACAGAUGUUAAUAUCCAGCAAGACAAGAGGCCUGGAUUAUUUUAUUUAGGUUUAAUUUAUUUAUAAAUAGGCUGAGAAUUGGUGCAAUUGUUCUAGUUCGCCACGAUGUGCUUCCUCAAUGACUCACUGAGGUGUCAUUAGUUGUUGAGUGGAUAUCCCUCAAACCUGAGACCCUAGUAUUUCCAGUAUGCCUUUAAUAUAAGUCCAAGUCAGUAUUAUCAUUUAUGUCCAAUAUUUCAGUCAGAUUUUUGUGUUGUGAAAUCUUUAUUUUUCAUGUUUUCCUUUGUGUGCUCUAAUGAACAUGACAAAGUAUCACAAGAUGAAGCCCCAACAGAUCAGUAUUACAGAGAGAGAGAGAACCAAUGGUCUGGGAAUAGUGUUCCUGUUCACACUCAAGUGUUCAGAAUAAUUUGCCACUUGUCAAGUAUUUCAAUAAAAACCCAAGGGGUCCAAUAUUUCAGUCAGAUUGUAGUAAAUCGUAUUACAAUAUUAAACCAUAUUUCAGUUAUAUCCUGUUUGGUUUGUGAUAUUAAACCCAAAUUGGUAUUACAAUGUGAAAGCUUACUGGUCCACUUUCUCAGUGAAAGGCCCAUUUGGUUAGUAGUUACAGUUCCAGCAUUAACGGAUCAGUAUUUAAGUGUUGCUCCGGUGGCUCUGUAUUACAAGAUGAGACACCACGCUAUGGUUACAGCCUCACCCGCUGCUUCCCUCAUCAUCAACUACACUUCAACUGAAUGUCAUUAUCAGCUUUUUUAGUUCUUUCUACCUUUUUCUUUUUUUUUUACUGUUUUCAUGGAGGUGCAUACUUACUGUACACCUGUAUCCGCUUAUCUUCCUGUCCAUUAGUAAGGUAUUAGGGUUGUGUUCAUUUGGUGAGAAAUAGAAGAAAACAUACUAAAAUGUUGAGACUGACUGGACUUCAAAUUUGUGAAAAAAGAUCACAAUUGGGCUUCCUGUGUAAAUGCAGCCUUUGUUAUCUAGGUUGGAGGGAAGGGAUGGAUCUUUCAGAAAUGGAACCCUGCAUAGGAUUUUCACUGCUAGGGUCCUAACAACAGCUCACCUAUGCACUGCCACCUGGCGAGGCCAUCUCAGGCUGCGUUUACAGGGUUCGACUCAAUUCCAUAUCAAAUAGAGACGAGUUAAGUAGUCAGUCAUUUUCAAUUAGGAUUCUUUUCAUGAAUAAAAAAUGAAUUAUGUGCACCCUGGAAUGGGCAGGAAUUGAAACAGAAUUGACCCCAGCCUGGUCUGUAGGCAGAAUGUCAUUAUUAGAACUGGAGACGACAAUGACAUCAUACAGGAAACCAUAUCAUCCAACGAGAGAGGUCAAAAUCAGUCAUCACCUUGCCCUAACACAAUCAAUCACUGGCAAGGUCGUUACAGAUCAAAUCACAAGUGUUACUGUUUCUUUUUCUAUAUUAUAUGAAAUCGAGACUGUCAUAUUUGCAACUUGUUAAUAAAUACGUUGACCCUUUUGUCGCUUUGUAAGGUG